ACUUGUAUACAAAAACCCAAGCUCUUCCAUCCAAAGUUAAAACUCGAACUUCAUGGCAACUCCGUCAAGUUCUUCCAUACCAAACCACGACGUUUAUUCCGCCAUGGCAACUCCGUCUCCACCCCUAAACUUCCGGACAAUCCUCACCGAAUCGAGGCGCAUCAUCAACGCCUACUCCCGCCACUUCUGGGCUCUCUCCAUCGUCUUCCUCCUCCCCAUCUCCGUCUCCUCCUUUGUCUACCCAACUCUCCAAAACCUCAUCGCCGAAUUGUUCAGGAUUUCCAACUUUGACCAACCCUCUCUUCCCACCAAGACCCUACUCCUCGCUCUCGCUUUCGCCCUCUUCGUCUUCGUCUUCUCUCUCUUCGCUAUCGGCUCAAUCACGUACAGCGUCUUCCACGGCUUCUAUGGCCGCCCGGUCAAGUUCAUAUCGGCUGUCCAAUCCGUCAAGGUUUCGUUCUGGCCAGUAUUGGGUACUGUUCUUGCUUCCCACAUCGUGUUUUUAUUGGUUGUUCUUGUUGCUGGGCUGUUCUUGUUCUUGGUGGUUGGAGGUUUUGAGAUGGUUGGCCUCGAAAUGGAGUUCUCUUCGCCUUAUUUCGUUGGGCUCUGUGUUGUGGUUGCGAUUCCUCUGUUGCUGGUUUUGUUGUAUCUUCAAGUGAAUUGGACUCUGGCUGGUGUAGUUGCUGUCCUCGAACCGCGUUGGGGGUUUAACGCAUUGAGUCGGAGUGCGAAUUUGAUCAAGGGAAUGCGAGGGGUGGCGUUGUCUUUGAUGGUGUUUUUCGGGGCGUGGACUGGGAUUUUGGGGUUCUACGUCUCGAAAUCUGAGUUGGAUUUGAAUGGGGCUACUACUGAUGGGUGGAUGAAUUGGAUGAGUUUGGCAUCUGUUUAUCUGAUUUUGUAUUUUUCGAUGGGUCAUAUGCUGGCACUGCUCUAUCAUGCUGCUGCGAAUACGGUGUUGUAUAUGUAUUGCAAGACUGUUCAUGGAGAGCUUGCGUUGGAGAUUGGUGAAAAGUUUGCGACCGAGUAUGUGAGCCUGCCUUUCGAUGAUGGAAAAGUUCCUCAUGUUGUUUCGGUUGCCAAUGUUCCAUGAGGAUGAGGUUAAUUAGUCACACACAGAAUGGUUCGCAGUCCAGUUCUUGUUAUUGUUUGUUAGUGUAAUCAAAUGGUGAAUAAUGCAAACGAUAUGAUACUUGUAUAUGUAAUGUUGUGGCAAGAAUUGAAUGAUAUCUGUGUUUAUUUUUUCGGUCAA